CAGACGGGCACCGGUUGCUACCAGUACCAGGUUCCAACAAAUCUCCGUCGUGGUAGCUACUGGUGGUGCAUCCCUGCUAGCAAUCGCUCCAAACCUCCAAGGUGGUGUGGAACUUGCACAGUUGACCACUCUACAACAGCGUAGUGCGCGCGUAGCUCCAACUCUGCUGGAAAACGGUCCGAAUAACAAUGUCAACUUAGCCGUCCCAGGAACCCCAGGCCAAGUGUCAACUCUAGGGCCAUGAUUCGCAUUCGUAUCCAGCACAUGGCGAUUGCAGUGCCCUGUGCCGUGUCUGCCCUCCUUCUCACAUCGUACAGAUGACUGCACGCGGGCUGCGCUUAUGAGGCGGUCAAUACUGUCAAUGUAUCGCCUUGGUCUUGAUGCAGCGCUGGCCCUACCACAAGCCUCGACACUACAAAGCAUAUCCCCAUCUAGACAUGCAUCUGUCGCAACCAUGUCCAUGGACCCUCUUCCUGGCCCUACUUAUACCCCAACUACCGAAUUGGAUCAAAUAUUGCAUGCCAUGGCCGUGCACCUCCCCGACCCUGCUUGCGCUCUGGACCUUUGCAUGGAGCCUAGUCAUCGCACGGCUGCGCCCAUGCAUGACAUGCCUACGUUGAUCGAACCCUCGUCGUCAUCGGCCCUAAGCACUAGACUAACCGGGUCCCCGAGCAGUGCACGUAACCGCUUCACCGCCAUCUCUCCAAACACAUCACUUUUCGCUGUCAUCCCACCUUCCGCAAACGCUAUAUGUAAACCAGUGUCGGUGUGA